AUGUCAAACUUUUAAGGUUAUAUUUGUUAUAUGGGUUAUGUUUGACAUCUAGAUAUUUACAAACAAACUUACGGAAUUUCAGUAUUAUUUUGCUGAAUUUAAGAAAAAUGGUGUGUGAUAAAUGUCAAGCCAAAGUGGGAAAGGUUAUAACACCCGAUCCGUGGAAAAGUGGGGCUAGGAAUACAACGGAAUCAGGGGGUAGAAAAGUUAACGAAAAUAAAGCUUUGACAUCUGCUAAAAACAGGUUUAAUCCGUAUUCUAGUAAAUUUGAGACAUGUAGGAUUUGUCGACAGAAAGUACAUCAGGUUGGGUCACAUUAUUGUCAGUCUUGCGCUUAUAAAAAAGGGAUAUGCGCAAUGUGUGGGAAGAAAAUAACCAGUACAAAGAACUAUAGACAAUCAUCUGCCUAAAUUGUUUUUAAUUUGUUGACUUAUUAGCCGUUCUUAAAGAUAAGCUAUAAGCUAAUAAAGUAAUUCUUGUAUCUAAAUAAUAAUAAACUGUAAGUUAAACUAAGGAGUUUUGUAGGGUUCUAAUAAAAC